AUGAUAAGAUCCRAGUCACAGUGCUGCCUUCUGGAAGUGGCUGCUGUGGCCCGUGGCAGGAUGUGUGAGGAUGCACAGGAGCUGUUUCUACAUCUUGUGCUGACAGCCAGGCCUGCCAACCCCAUAGAGGGGAGCUCACUGACCCUGACCUGUGAGACCCGGCUCCCUCUUCAGCCGCCACCUGUCCAACCCCAGUUCAGCUUCUUCAGAAAUGGCCACAACCUGGGAUCAGAACGGAGCAGCUCCCCAAAGCUCCAGAUCCCCACGGUGUGGAAGGAAGACUCGGGGAACUACUGGUGUACCAUGACGACAGCGGGGAAUARACCCCCCAAACAGAGCCGGAGUUCCAACAUACAGGUGCAGAGAAUCCCUGUCUCCGACGUGAGCUUGGAGACUCAGCCUCCAGGGGGACAGGUGAUGAAGGGAGACAAACUGGUCCUCCUCUGCUCGGUGGCUAAGGGCACAGGAAACAUCACCUUCGUCUGGUACAAAGGGCAUUUGGGCUUAAACCUGGAAACCAAGACGCAGCAUUCACGGACAGCAAACUUCGAGGUCGCCCCAGUGACGGAGACUGAUUCCGACCAGUACUACUGCGCAGCUGACAACGGCGACGGCCCCAGCCUCAGCGGACUGGUGGACAUCGCUGUCAGGAUUCCAGUGUCCSGCCCUGUGCUCACCCUCAGGGCUCCCAGGGCCCAGGCUGAGAUGGGGGACGUGGUGGAGCUUCACUGCGAGGCCCUGGGGGGCUCUCCCCCGAUCCUGUACCAGUUUUAUCACGAGGACAUCAUCCUGGGGAACAGCUCAGCGCCCUCUGGGGGAGGGGCAUCCUUCAACCUCUCCCUGACGGCAGAACAUUCUGGAAACUACUCGUGCGAGGCCGACAAUGGCCAGGGUGCCCAGCGCAGUGAGGCGGUGACUCUCAGUUUCACAGUGCCUGCCGAACCCAGAAGCGAACAUCUUAMUUCAGGGGUCGUUGAGGGGCUGCUCGGCAGCGUUGGUCUCGUCACUGCAGUCCUGUUACUUUGCUACUGGCUCAAGAGAAAAAUAGGAAGAUGCUCAACCAGGGACCCACACAGGAGCCCUUCCAGUCCUGAACCCCAAGAACCCAACUAUCUCAACUCACCUGACCCAGUGCAGCUACCGCCUGUAUACGAAAAUGUGAAUGUCAUGCCUGGGGAUGAUGUGUACUCCCUGGUCUAUCAUGUCCAGCAGGAGCAGGAAUCGGGAGCAGCUGAACACAUGAGGACACAGGUGGAGAAUAAGGUCUCUGCAGACAUCUAUUCUAGGCUGAGGAAGGCAAACAUUGCAGAUGUCGACUAUGACGACACUACGCCCCAGACGGUGGCUGAGAGAUUGCUUCUCAAACAGCUGGAUCAAGCGCUCAUGCUGCUGUGGACAUUGCUGGUCUUCUCUGUGCCAUUCAGCAAACGGGGAGAUGGGCUGACCCUCCUGGCGCCCUCUCCUGUCUUUGAAGGAGACAGGAUUGUUCUGACGUGCGAGGAAAAAAACAACAGAAAAAAACAGAUAAGUUUCUAUAAGGACGGGAAAAAGUUCUCUUCUUCCAAUGAACUCUCAAGCUUCCCUAUACAAAGUGCGCUUUUGAGUGACAGUGGCAUUUAUUUCUGCACCGCUGCUUCUAAGAUCUUUCUGAAACGGGAAACAUCUUCAGAAAAAGUGAAGAUCACAGUUCAAGAGCUGUUCCCGCGUCCUGUGCUGACAGCGAGCUCCUAUCAGCCCACGGAGGGAAGUCCAGUGACCCUGACCUGUCAGACUCAGCUCCCUCCAGAGAGGUCACAUGUCCAGCUCCGGUUCUGCUUCUUCAGAAACCGUCGGGUUCUGGGGUCAGGCUGGAGCAGCUCCCCAGAGCUCCGGAUUCCCGCCCUGGGGACAGAGGACUCAGGGUCCUACUGGUGCCAGGCAGAAACAGUGAGUCACAGGAUCAGAAAACAGAGCCUUCGAUCCCAGAUUCGCGUGCGGAGAGUCCCCGUUUCCAAAGUGAGCUUGGAGACCCAGGCCCCUGGGGGACAAGUGAUGGAAGGAGGGAAGCUGGUCCUGCUCUGCUCCGUGGCCGAGGGCACAGGAAACAUCACAUUCUCCUGGCACAGAGAGGCCACAGGAACCCGUCUAGCAAAGAAGACCCAGGGUUCCUUGUCAGCAGAGCUGGAGAUCCCAGCUGUGAAGGAGAGCGAUGGCGGAAAAUAUCUCUGUCGAGCUGACAACGGUCACGGUGCUGUCCAGAGCCAGGUGCUGAACAUUCUUGUGAGAAGUGAGUUGGAUCCUCUGAUCACCUUCUUGUGCCUCUCAGUUCCAGUGUCCCGCCCUGUGCUCACCCUCAGGGCUCCCAGGGCCCAGGCUGAGGUGGGGGACGUGGUGGAGCUUCACUGCGAGGCCCUGAGGGGCUCUCCCCCGAUCCUGUACCAGUUUUACCUUGAGGACGUCACCCUGGGGAACAGCUCGGCACCCUCUGGGGGAGGAGCAUCCUUCAACCUCUCCCUGACUGCAGAACAUUCUGGAAACUACUCCUGCGAGGCCGACAAUGGCCUGGGGGCCCAGCGCAGUGAGGCCCUGUUACUCCCCAUCUCAGGACCUGAUGGAUAUAGAAAAAGCCAUGUCACAGCCAAAGUUCUUGGGGGACUCUUUGGGGUCCUUGGCUCCACCAGUGUGGCUCUGCUGCUGUGUUAUUGCUGGUCCCACAAGGCACCAGUCUUGCUCUCUUCUGAUAAGAGUUUAUUUUUCCUGGUUUAUGAAACUCCUGGGACUGAUGACUGGGGUGUUCCCUUUGGAGAAUCAGGGGAGUUUGGAGAAAGUUCCUCUCUGCAUUCGCUGUUCACCAUGUGCUUUCGGAUUGAAGCCGUUGGAGAAAGUUCUGCCAUUAGUGCACCCAGGGACUACCACGUAGAUAGUUCACUUUCUCACAGAGAUGCUGCCAGCCCGAAUCCUCAAGGGUUCACCCACCCUGGCCCACUCCUGGACACGGAGGAUCUGCAGCCGGAGUAUGUCAAUGUGAGCCCCGGAGGAGAUGAGGAUGUGGUUUAUUCCCAGAUCUAUAGCAGCCAGCAGCCAGAAGGCUCAGCACACAUCAGGACGUCUCUGGAGAACAAGGAUUUCCGAGUCAUCUACUCCACUGUGAAGAAGUCAUAA